UUCGGCGGCCUUUUCUUCCGCUCCCGCACCGAGGUGCUCCCAGGCGGCUGCACUGGCUCCGAGGAGUAGCAGGAGGAGCUCCGCCGCGGGAACAAACCCGGAGGCAAACCUGUAGGAGGCAAUGCUUGAAUAACUCUAAGACGACUAGACAGUGAAAAUGUCAGCCCUCAACUGGAAGCCCUUUGUGUAUGGAGGGCUGGCCUCCAUCACAGCAGAAUGCGGCACAUUUCCAAUUGAUUUAACUAAGACACGGCUUCAGAUUCAAGGCCAGACAAAUGAUGCCAACUUCCGAGAGAUCAGGUACCGAGGCAUGCUGCACGCGCUGAUGAGGAUAGGCCGAGAAGAAGGCCUGAAGGCGCUGUAUUCAGGGAUUGCACCCGCAAUGCUGCGCCAGGCCUCCUAUGGAACCAUCAAGAUCGGCACGUACCAGAGCCUGAAGCGGUUAGCUGUGGAACGCCCAGAAGAUGAAACCCUGCUGGUCAAUGUUGUGUGUGGAAUUCUGUCUGGAGUCAUAUCCUCAGCUAUUGCUAAUCCGACUGAUGUUUUGAAAAUCCGAAUGCAAGCACAGAACAGCGCUGUUCAAGGAGGCAUGAUAGACAGCUUCAUGAGCAUUUACCAGCAGGAGGGGACUAGAGGACUGUGGAAGGGUGUGUCCCUCACAGCCCAGAGGGCAGCCAUUGUGGUCGGCGUGGAGCUUCCAGUCUAUGACAUCACCAAGAAGCACCUGAUACUCUCAGGCCUGAUGGGAGACACUGUCGCAACGCAUUUUCUCUCGAGCUUCACCUGUGGCCUGGUGGGGGCCUUGGCCUCAAACCCAGUUGAUGUUGUGAGAACCCGCAUGAUGAAUCAGAGAGCCCUUCGAGAUGGCAGAUGUGCGGGCUAUAAGGGUACCUUGGAUUGCCUAUUGCAGGUAAGUGUCUCUGCUGGAUUGUCGUGCACACACACACAUACACACACACACACACACACACACACGCACACAGGCACACAUACACACACACACACACACACACACGCACACAUACACACACACAUACACACACGCACACACAUGCACACACAUACACACACUGAAGUCACUAUUACGUUAUGAUAAGUAUUAAAACUAAGAUGAGUGAGCCCAUAGAAGACAGAGUCUCUCAGUAGUGCAGCCCUGACUGUCAUGAAAUUCUGUCUCCCAGGUGACCGUAAACUCACAGAGAUCCACCUGCCUUUGCUGAGAUUAAAGGCCUGUGCCUGGCAGGACAUACAUAGCAUUUUGCCACACUAGGAUUGGAAGUCCAAGAUUUACAUGACAUCUUAUAAAUGGAAGUUCAUUUUCCACACACACCUCCCCAGCUAGGAAGGAUGCUAAACUAGUAACAUUUUCCGGGUUAUAUGACAUCUUAUAAGUGGAAGUUCAUUUUCCACACACACUUCCCCAGCUAGGAAGGAUGCUAAACUAGUAACAUUUUCCGGGUUAUAUGACAUCUUAUAAGUGGAAGUUCAUUUUCCACACACACCUCCCCAGCUAGGAAGGAUGCUAAACUAGUAACAUUUUCCGGGUUAUAUGACAUCUUAUAAGUGGAAGUUCAUUUUCCACACACACCUCCCCAGCUAGGAAGGAUGCUAAACUAGUAACAUUUUCCGGGUUAUAUGACAUCUUAUAAGUGGAAGUUCAUUUUCCACACACACCUCCCCAGCUAGGAAGGAUGCUAAACUAGUAACAUUUUCCGGGUUAUAUGACAUCUUAUAAGUGGAAGUUCAUUUUCCACACACACUUCCCCAGCUAGGAAGGAUGCUAAACUAGUAACAUUUUCCGGGUUAUAUGACAUCUUAUAAGUGGAAGUUCAUUUUCCACACACACCUCCCCAGCUAGGAAGGAUGCUAAACUAGUAACAUUUUCCGGGUUAUGUGACAUCUUAUAAGUGGAAGUUCAUUUUCCACACACACUUCCCCAGCUAGGAAGGAUGCUAAACUAGUAACAUUUUCCGGGUUAUAUGACAUCUUAUAAGUGGAAGUUCAUUUUCCACACACACCUCCCCAGCUAGGAAGGAUGCUAAACUAGUAACAUUUUCCGGGGUCGUGAAACUGUUCCUUUUCCAAAGUGGACCUUUUUCCUCUUAGUCAAACUGGAACAAAUAUUCCCCUCCAGAUGUGCCUCACAGGAGUAAAUGAGCCCUACCACAGUUCCCACUGUAGAGAACUGUUUGGGGCAGAGGGAGGUGUUCUGCUGCCCCCUGGGUUGCCAGUGGCCAAGGCUUCGGGGUGCUUUGCAGGUCUCGGCACGAUGCUGACGCUUCUUAGUCUCCAGGAUUGCUUCACAUUUUCAGAAUUACAUUUUCAUUUUUUUGCUUUGGGGCUAGGGGUGGUAAGGGCAGUGGUUGUUCGUAUGUACAUAUGGUCCCUUGGCAUGAUUGUUAGAGGUCAGAGGUCAAGUGGGAGGAGUCAGUUCUCUCCUUCCGUUAUAUGGAUUCGGAUGAUCAAACUCAGGUUGGCAUGUUUGACAGCAGGUGGCUUUGCCUGCUAAGCCUUCCACCAGCCUUUCCCUUCUUUAUUGGAGGCAGGAUCUUAAUAUACUUAACUGGCCCUUAACUUGGUGGGUAGCCGAGUGUGACCAUGAACUUGUGGUCCUCCUGUCUCUACCUCCCAAGGGGUGAGAUUAUAGGCAUGUGCCACCACACUGGGUUUUAUGUGGUGCCAGGGAGUGAGCCAGCUUAUUACCUGCUGGGCAAGGACUGGACCCCCUGAGCUCCAUCCCCACUCCUCUGAUAUUGCUUUAAUGAGGCAGACAGGAGACUUGGGAGGCAGAGGUGCUAUGAAUGCUAUCUUCAUCAAAAUUGCUUACUUAUUUCUGGCUUGUUUAGCAGCCCAGAUGGCAUGGAAGCUAAUGGCCUGUUCUUAGAACUAAGUAAUAUUUAAGUCUGAUUUCUUAUCCAUUGAGUUCCUGCUUGCCUGCUUUGGGAGGGGUUCAUCUUCUCUGUGUGCAGUGGUUGUCAUGCAGAAGUCUUUAAGGAACAAAGAGACAGAAAAGGUCUUUAGUCAGUCCUUCUAAAAAGGGUUAUAUUUUGUUUUUGAGUAAGCACGUAAAAUGUAUUCAUUUCUCUCUGUUCUUUGAUUAAAGCUGAAAAUAUUCAGCAGUUCUCUGUAAUAUUGAGCGUUUGAGUAGAAUUAAUGACCGAGAAGAGCUCAGCCUUCUGCAUGGCCCCUGAUGGUUUUCUUUUAAAAGAUUUUAUUGAUUUGUUAUAUAUACAUAUAUAAAUAUGAUGGG